CUCAGCCUCUUUCUUCAGUGAUGCCUAGAAGCUAGUAUCCAAAUCAAUCCACAUAAUUCCAAAAAGAAAUGAAAGAGGACUGAUCGUCCAGAGAUCAAUCCAGGAGAAAAGUCCAUUGAAACAGAGCAGGGCGGGUACCGCAUCAUUUGAGCAGUCCGUAAUUAGUAGCGAACGUCAGUGCGGGCGGUCAACCUUACUCCGCGCUGGCAGAGCUACAGUGUACUCCUCCUCCGCCGGACAAACAACUUCAAUUCCUACUACAUUCACGCCUGUCCCCCACCACCCCACUCGACUCUGCUAUCCACUCUUGCUCGGACAUACCUUCUUGCUUUCCAUCCUCCCCGUCACGACUGCGACUCACCACACCACCCCUCCACCAUGUCGAACACAAGUCAGACCCAAACCAAGGCCGAACCGACACAGCAGCCCCAGCAAGAACAGAAACCCCCGGUGCUGGAAGAAGACGACGAGUUUGAAGAUUUCCCCGUCGAAGACUGGCCCCAGGAGGAAUCCGAGCAGGCAGGCGCCAACGGGACAGAAAACCACCUGUGGGAGGAGAGCUGGGAUGAUGACGAUGCGGCCGAGGACUUCUCGAAGCAGUUGAAAGAGGAACUUAAAAAGGUCGAAGCAUCCCAUUAGUCGCACGGUUGGCGUGUUUCGGGACCACGAGAUGAAAUGAUGAUUGGUUAUUACCACGGGAAUGCAAUCGAAGAAUCAAUUUAAUUCCAUCCAUCCAUCCAUCCAUCAAGCAAGCAAACGAGCAAGAAACUUUCUACCUUUACCACGAUGAGACGCAGUGAUAUUGAUCCGGUUUGAGUCAAUGUCUGAAGCCAGUCGGAGGACACAACGGAAAAGGGAUAAGAAAAGAAAGAAGGUCGGAAACACCAUCAUAGAGAAUAAUGGCAACAUGACUGUAGAGGGGUAGAGGGGUUGGAUCUUCUGUGGGAAAAGAGAAGACAUUUCUCUACGUGCAGUAAAUGCAAUCUCACAUGGAGGAUAUUUGGGCCGGUCGGUGAUACUUUGGUGCUUAAUGAGAUAUUACUAUUAUCCUAUUUAUCCUACGAGCGAGUAUUUUAUUUUG